CGGCCAAGGCCGGGGAGGACUUUAGAGAAAAGCUGGACAAAAGUGGAAGCAACAAUUCCUCAGAUUCUGAGUACAAAGAGAGAAAUCCACUCGCGUUCAGCUGAACCCUGUCACUGCGAGCGCACAAUGAAACUCGGCAUAAAGGGAAAUGGAGAAAAAGAGGGGGAGCCCCAGACCGCGCCACUAGUUUUGGGGAAACGGCCUCCCUCUAAAGUGCUUUGCGGGGAGAGGAGCGAGAUGCUGAGCUCGCCCGAUCGGGUGUUUGUUUUCGGGCGGGUCCACCCCGCACGGAAGUGCCUGGGGGAGAAAGAAACCGCCUUUGCCGAGGCCGUUCUUGGGGCUCAGGAGCGGAGUCCAGGCUGGGGUGUCCCGACGCCGGGGUAGAAACGCGCGAGCGCACGGAGAGCGCCCCCAGCCGCGCGCCCUCUAAGGCUUCGCCUGUUUCCCGAGGCUCCGCGCUUUCGGACGCGCGCCGGCGGCCCGCCCGGCCCGACCCCGGCCCCGCGCCCUGUCUGCAGGCGGCCUAAGAAUCGGGAGGAACGGUCGCUGCAGAACCGCAUCCUUUCGGGGCCGGGAGAGACAUGGGUACAAGCGUUUGUUUUCAGGACAGCGAUUCGCUCCGAGGCGAACGGGGUUUCGUCCCUCCACGCGGGUUUUCUCCGCACUGGGGGAAAGCGGAAUCGGGGCGCAGAUGAGAAGCACAGCCCCGCGCGGCCCGUCCGGCUGGAGCCCCUGGGUCCCUAUCCUGCCCCGCGGGUCCACCGGACGCUCAGCUGCACCGCGGCUACUCGUCUACCCCUCCAGGGAGAGUCGAGGAGCGCAAGCGGAUCGAGCUCUCUGGCCUUUGGGUUACUUCUGCCCAGAGGUGCCAAUCCUCCGUCGGUAUUCGCGCCCUGGAUCCGGGGACCCACAGCCCCCACGCGCUGGAGUGCGGCGCGGCCGCCGCCGUCGGGAGCCACGCUCACACGAGCGCUACGGGCCGGCGCGGGCAGGGACGCCAGGGCGCGGGCGGACGGGCAGGCGGCGAGGCCGGGCCCUGACGUGCCGCUGUGUCUCCGCAGUGAAGGAGGAGGGCGACCGCGAGAUCUCCAGCUCUCGGGACAGCCCCCCGGUGCGCCUGAAAAAGCCGCGCAAGGCGCGCACAGCCUUCACCGACCAUCAGCUGGCGCAGCUGGAGCGCAGCUUCGAGCGGCAGAAGUACCUGAGCGUUCAGGACCGCAUGGAGCUCGCUGCGUCGCUCAACCUCACCGACACACAGGUCAAGACCUGGUACCAGAACCGCAGGACUAAAUGGAAGCGACAGACUGCCGUCGGGCUGGAGCUGCUGGCGGAGGCAGGCAAUUACUCGGCGCUCCAGAGGAUGUUCCCGUCGCCUUAUUUCUACCCGCAGAGUCUCGUUUCCAACCUAGAUCCCGGCGCCGCACUGUAUCUGUACCGCGGGCCCAGCGCGCCCCCGCCCGCCCUGCAGAGACCUCUGGUCCCGCGCAUCCUCAUCCACGGACUCCAGGGGGCCAGCGAGCCGCCCCCGCCGCUGCCCCCGCUGGCGGGUGUCCUGCCGCGCGCCGCGCAGCCUCGGUGAACCGCGCGCCCGCCGCCCCGCCGCCCCCUUUGCCUGAAGCUCGGAGGGCGCGGGUUUCAACGCCCCUUCCAGGGGCCCCCUGUCCGGCCUCCCAGGCGCCCCAGCCAGUGUCCCCGAAGGGCCCAAAGCCAAGUCUACUGAGGCCCGGGCCCCGGACUGAGUCUCCCUAACCCUCCCCGGCGGCUCCGUCAGGGAGCCACUUCCGUGGGUGUACAUACAUGCCCCCCGCCCCACCGCGGGCGCCCCUCGUCCUCCCCAGGAGCAGGCUGCACUCUCCCCCGGCUCCAUGCUCCAGCUGUACACAAGCUCUCUCCCCGCACCCCUGCCAGGCGGAGGCUUGUGUGCAGCCCCUCUGCCCGAGCGCCCGGAGCAGCAGAGCUGUACGUACGGUGCGAAGUGUAUAUGAAGUUAUUUAUUCGUGACCCACGAGCCCGUGACCGUGUCCGUGAAUCAGUGAGUCUGUGGCUUGUGCCCUCCCCGCCUUGCCCAGGCAGGGCAGGAAGGGGUCAAGGGUGCCUGCCCACCCACCCCGAGCCCCAGCCCCCACACCUCCAGCCUUCGGGGGUGGGCAGCCAGGCCCCUCGGGUUCUCUUUUUUAAAUGUCGAAAUAAACUUCUUACAAAUGA